AUGUAUCUCAAGUCCGGAGCAACAUUACUCGCCGCCGCCCUCUUCUCUCAUUUGGUAGCGUCGCAAGGAAUCUUCAGUUGCCAUACUCGAGAGGAGUGGGGAUAUUACCCGAAGUGCUGCACGAACAUUGACGGCCAAGUCGGAACAAACUGCGUCUCGGCGCAUCAAAUGGGUGCAACGGAUCCGAUCUGGGAAUGCAACUUAUUUGUAUACAACAUCACGGGAUGUUGUCAGUCGAUUGGAUACAAGAACCCGUACAAUAAUAUCACGAUCGAUCUCUGCGCAACUUCAGUAGAUCCACGAUAA